AUGGAACUAAUCUGGUAUAGUGUAUUUUUACUAUGGACACUUGUGGGGGCGGACGUGUCCACUUCAGGCUACAAACUGACCGUCGUAUGUCUGAAGGAAGGACAACUUUUGGAGGUGCUUGACCGAUACGUCUCGACCACGCUGGGCAACAGCUCAAACGUUGAUGAAUCUAUACAAAGCUUUCUCGGAAAGGUGAAGGAAGAGAGGUCUAAAAUUAAAGAUAUCAAUGAAUGGAUUGGUCAUCCUAUAAAUGCCUACCACCUGGUUAAGCGAACAGCAAAAGACUGGCGGUCAGUCCAACAGAGUAUCAAUUGUAGUACUUGUGUACCUACCAUCGCAUCAGAAGAAUUUCAUUCGUCAUGGAAACAGAUAAUAGAAGAAGAAGAUAUUUGGACUAGCAGCGAAGAUAUCGUCAUUGCUCUACAAGGUCUAGCAAGACUGAUUGAAAUGUAUGACUUGGAAUUUACUGCUCUGAUGUCUGGAACCAUCUUAAACAUAAGCUCAUCUCCACUAACAAAUGAUGAUGCUAUCAACAUAGCAACACAUCUAGAGAAAGAACCAAAGAUUACCUGGAUUAAGGCCCUUUUAGAUACGGAAGGUAUCACAGAAAAAGAGGCUUUACUGUACGACCUGGCUAUGACCUAUCACAUGGUCGGAAAGUCACGGACAGCACUUGAUAUCUUAACAGAUUUACAGAAGAUAAGUAACAGAAGUAUGACAGGAAUGAUUAAGAUCGUCAAACAGGCGGCCGAGAAGCCUGAGGAUAUUGAACCGCACAAGGGGCUGCUAACUAGAAAUGAAGAUCUGAACAUCGCCUACAAGAAGCUGUGUCAGGGAAAAGUGCAGAAAACAAAAGCUGCUUCGGUUCUUCGUUGUUACAACAAAGCAACACGCAUCCCCUACUACACAGGUAAAGAGGAAGUAUUGAACGCCGUGCCAAGAAUAUCCCAAUUCCAUGAUACCAUAUCAGAUGAAGAAAUUUUGCAGAUUCUGGAUGCUAGCAAAGAACAAUGUAACUGCUUUAUAUCCAAUAUUACAAUAAUAAUAAUUCGUUUGUCAUUCCUCUUUCUAAAUUCAUGUUUACAGUUAACACCAGCUGUUGUUGUCAAACGGUCUGGUCUAUCCAAAGCGGAAUAUCGAACUAGGAGCGGUGAAACGUCCUGGAUACACCCAGCCGAGAAAAUUUCCAUUAAACUUGAAAAAAGAAUUGAACUAUUAACAGGACUUGACCGAUUAACGGCUGAAUACUUCGAGAUAGUGAACUAUGGACUCGGCGGACAUUAUCUGCGUCACUAUGAUGCACUGGAUUUACAAAACAUGAAGAACCUGAAUAGGGAUUAUACUUACCGGAACAGAAUAGCUACAUGGAUGUUUUAUCUCAGCAGUGUAGAAGCAGGAGGUGCCACGGUAUUUCCUUUACUUAACGUGAAGAUUCCUCCAAUUAAGAAUUCUGCCGUUUUUUGGUAUAACCUUCUGCCUAGCGGUGAACGUGAUGAUCGGUCUCAACACGCUUCAUGUCCCCGUACUUAUGGGGUCCAAAUGGGUUACUACGAAGUGGAUACUUGAAUACGGCCAAGAAUUCCAGAGACCGUGUAAAUUAAAUCCUCUAGCUGAGCAUUCAUGAUAUUCCAUCAGGACCUAAGUCUCAAUUUGCAUUCUGUGUAUAUUUCCAGUGAAU